AUGGUGAACAACAUCUACCGGCAGCUGGGGCGGAGCGUCCAUCAUAUUUUCGGCCCGGAGGGGAUCAAGACCGCCCAGCAGGUCGCCGAGAUGACCGCCCGUAAGCACGCCCAGCAGGCCGCCGCCCCGGCCCCCGCCUCCGCGGACGGCGCGGCGGCGGCGGCGGCGGCGGCGGCGGCCGCCGAGCCGCCCGCGAUCCCGCUCCUGCGCAGCAAGGACUCGUUCAAGGUGUUGACAGAGUGCCCGCUGAUCGUGAUGCUGCUGUUCCAGCUGUACCCCAAGUACAUCAAGGCCAACAUCCCGGACCUCAUCCCGCUGAUGAUCGACGCCCUGCGGCUUGCGCCGACGCUGCAGCAGGGGGGCGGUGGUGUGCUUCCCGUGUGCCUGCGGGCGCGGUACAAGGAGAUGAUCGCUUGCCAGGCGCGUGACUGUUUCAUGGUGAAAACCCUUAGCUUUCUCACGUACCUCCUGCGGGGAUUCACGCCCCUCAUGCAGCCGUACGAGAAGCAGAUAUCCUCGAGCGUGAUCAACCUGCUGAGGAGCUGCCCGUCUGACGCGGUUGCCACGCGGAAGGAGCUGCUGGUGGCGACGCGGCAUAUUCUCGCCACGGAGUUCAGGAAGGGAUUUUACUCGGAGGUUGACCGUAUGCUGGACGAAGACCUCUUGGUCGGACCGGGACGUCAGGCGCGCGACACGUUGAGACCUCUCGCCUACUCCACCCUCGCCGACCUCGUGCACCACGUCAAGGAUCGCAUAGACCUGGACCAAGUCUCCCGGGUCAUUCAGGUGUUUUCGAAGAACAUCCACGACCCAUCGCUCCCGAUCCCGAUCCAGACGACGAGCGUUAGGCUCCUGCUGAACCUAGUGGACUACAUCUUCCACAACGACGAUCCGGACCUCCAACGGGGAAAGAAGCUUCUCCAGAGAGUUCUCAAGGUGGAGCAAUUUUUAUUUUUUUUUGUGGACUGCCGGUUGUGCGCUGCUACGCGUCAUCAAGCGCUCGUCUACAAGUUCGGGACAUUGCGGCACUACAUGCCCCUGGUCGAGGGAGCGGAGCGAGCGAGAAUCCGCCACGCCAAGGAUAUCGAGGCCGGCGCUGGCCCCAAGCUGGCGACGGAGAACCUCCGCGAGUCGGGGGUACCCGUCGCCGCCACCGCCGCCGCCGCCGGUGCUGCCGCUCUACCUCUGGCUCCAAGCCCUCCGGGGACCAAGCCAGCAGCGACUGCUACUGCGGCGGCGGGUUCUACUGCUGCUGCUGCUACCCCCGCCGUCGCUGCGGUGGCCGCUAGGCAAGCAACCACCACUGCCGCCGCCGCCGCCGCCGCCGCCGCCGCCGCCGCCGCCGCCGCUGCCGCCGGUGUCAAAGCGGCGGCAACGGCAACGGCGGCGGCGGCGGCGGCGCGGGGGACCGGAGCCGGGGGACCGGAGGCCAUGGAGGUGGACGUGGAGAGCACGGGCGGCGGGGCCGGGGGCGGGGGCGGGGAGGAGCAGGUGAACGUUGAAGAUGAUGUCGACAUCGAGGUUGGGGCGGAGGGCGGCGGCGGCGGCGGCGGCGGCGGCCGCGCGAAGGAUGCCGGCCCCGCUGAGUCUUCUUCUACCGCCGGCUCUGCUGCAGCAGCAGCAGCAGCAGCUACCCCGGCAAGCGCUAUGGAGGUGGAUCGUAUAUCGACCAGCACUCCUGCGACAGCGGCGGCGGCGGCGGCCCCCGCUACCCCAACCGUCGCUGCUGCCGCCCCCGCCGCCGCUGCUUCUGUUGCCCCCGGUCCAGCGGCGACGGCGGCAAGAACGCCGGUCCACGGCGGCGCGGAGGUUGCCAACAGCGCGGCGGCGGCGCUGAGAAUCGCGAGGGAGUCUAGCUCGGCUAGAGAGGAGGGGUCCCCGCGGAAGUUUGCCCUGGGGGGCCCGCCGGAGGUGAACGACACCAUCCAGGAGGUCAAGAUUCUCGCGAAGACGAUGAUCCAGGGGCUCAAGACGGUAAUCUGGUGCUGCUCCAACUACCGGCAGCCCAAGUCCGGGCAGGACAACUCUUCCUCCAGUGCGGGGGGAAACGCUCCCUCGUCGUCCUCGUCCAACCAAGGGACCAUCAUACGGCGCCCGAUGUCCUGGGAGGAGAGGAACCACACGGCGAAGUUCUUCAAGUGGGCUCUGCCGUGCCUGAGAGUGUUCACUAAGAGCGGCGGGGCGGUGUCGCCCACGGAGUCGAAGGACGCGCUGGAUGCGUUCGCGGGGGCGUUUACGGUGCUGGGGCCGUACGACCUGAGAACGGCGGUGGGUCGGCACAUCUCGAUACUGUUCGACUCCACGCUGGAAGACCCCUCCCUCCUGACCAUACCUCAGCACCUGCUCGCUAACGAGGCCGCCAGCUGCACCUUCGCAGACGUCCUCUUGUCAUUCUUGGUGCAUCAGAUGGACGACCUCGCUGGCUACGAAGAGAGGGGGGCGGAGGUCGGGGGUUCCGUGUCAUGUAAGGCGACGAUGGAAGGGGCUGCCUCCGGCGAUAACAAGGCGGCCGGCGAGAGCGGCGAGAGCUCCGGCGGCGGCGGCGGCGUGACUACAGUAACGGCCGCUCGGUCUCGGUCCGAGAAUGAUCCGGAUGGCAAGGACGACGCGGACAAGGAUAAGGACCUCGAGAAGCGGGCGAGAAUGAAGGCCCAGGUCCUUCUCCGGCUCUUCAAAGUGGUCUUCGGCAGCGUGACCCUCUUCCCCAAGAACGAGCGCAUGCUCCGACCGCACCUCCAGACGAUCGUGCUGUCCUGUCUCCGGUACACGACGAGGGUCAAGGACCCGACCAACUACUACUUCCUGCUCAGGGCGCUCUUCCGCAGCAUCUCGGGCGGGAAGUUCGAGAGCAGCUACAAGGAAAUCUACCCCCUCCUUCCGCUGCUCCUAACGGAGCUGAGCAAGCUCCACCACCGAGCGGAGGAGGUGUCGAUCAAGAACAUACUCGUCGAGCUCUGCCUGACAGUCCCGGCGAGGCUUGCCUCUCUCCUGCCCCACCUGCCCCUCAUGAUGAGGCUCAUGGUCCACGCGUUGAGGUGCCGGGGCGACCUGGACGGGCUGGCGCUGCGCACGCUCGAGUUCUGGGUGGACAACCUGAACCCGGACUACCUGUACAGGAUCAUGAGCCACGACCCCAAGGAUCAUGAGGCGCGAUCCGAGGCUUAG